GGGUAUAUAUACAAACUUCUACGAAAUGGCUUCAAUUCUUCCCCUCACAGAAAUACAUAUCUAUUGCUUUUCUUCUUUUGCUCUCUUGGAGACAUAUAUUACUCAUAUAUAUAUUCAUCUAUCAAUAAACUAGAGAUAAUUAAGAAGAAAAGCCCAUUAUAAAAUUGCAGCUAGGAUUGAAGGAUGAGUUCAAGAGUUCUUUGCAUUGCCAUGUUGCAUCUCUUCUGUUUGUUCCUUCUCUCAGGUGCAUGUAAGGAGAGAAUCGAUCCAUUCCAUCCAUAUAUAUGAAGAUCUGAUGUAGCUGUUUGUUUCUUCCUUGCUUCAGGAACAAGCAUUGCAGAGAGACAUCAUGGCUCAAAAGCAAUCAGGAAAAGCAAAAAACAACAACUCAUUGAUUCUCCUCAAGAGUUGUUUUCACAUACUAUGACGAUGUACGAUGAGGUGAAAGCUGAUGCUGAUGUUCCCGUCAUCAAUCCAGUUCCCACUACUCCUUCCACAACUCCCACUCUUCCUCCUCCCGCUCCCCCGGGUUCUACCAUAACUCCCAUUCCUCCUUCCACUCUUAUUCCCCCCACACUUCCAAACCCUGCUACACCCACUCUGACCCCAACCGCCCCAGAUCCCACUCUUCCAACCCCCCCUGCGCCCACUCUUACUCCCACACUUCCAAACCCGAACCCGAACCCAACUCCAUCAGCAGCAUCGAGCGGACAAUGGUGUGUUGCCAUACCAGGUGUUCCAACUACUGCUUUACAGGUGGCUCUGGACUACGCUUGCGGCAUCGGGGGGGCAGACUGUUCAGCUAUUCAGACAAGCGGAAGUUGUUACCUGCCAAACACACUUCUAGCUCACGCCUCUUAUGCAUUCAAUAACUACUACCAAAAAAACCCAGUUCCUACCAGUUGUGACUUCGGAGGAACGGCCAGCUUGACAAAAACAGAUCCAAGUACCGGCACCUGCAGCUAUUCAUCAUCAACUGCUUCACCCACACCUCCUCUUACACAGUCACCUCCCACCUCCAUGCUGCCGCCUACAACCCCCACACUGACUCCAACCCCCAUUCCGUUAAGCCCGCCUACACCAACACCAGCUAUCACCCUACCACCGCCAGGUCAAACAGGAGUAGAUACCCCAGAACCAUUAGAUUAUGGGGCGCCGACAGAUUCACCUAACUCAGCAUACACCUUCUCACCAAACCUAGUGCUACUUCUCAUGCUUUCUACCCUCAUGUUGCAUCAUAUGUAAAUCGAAAGUCAGAAUAAAUGAAGAGAGGGCACUGAAGUUGCAACAAGAGUCUGGUUUCUUUUUUUAUUGCCUCCACACAUAACAUUACAAACUCUUCAGAGGCACAGACAGAACCAUCAUGAUGCUCGAAAGCUUACGACCAAGGGGCAGUUUCUAUAUCUUUCACCUCUGUAUGACUUUUAGCUCCGGUAGGAAGCCAAGAGAUAAGUGAAGAAAGUCAUCUUGAUGUAUGUAUGUAUGUAGUCAGCAUUUUAUAGCUAUAAGUUCCCACUUAAAUCCAUACUUCAUUAUUAUAGACUGAAAAUUUCAGCUUAAUUUAGGUAGUUAAAGACGUGCAUUUUCUGCCUCCUAAGACAUAUAAUAAUCUAUAACGCCAUAAACAACCCUAUUCCUGGG